CUCUUCGCUCUUCGCACGGUUUCGUGCACAUAAAAGUGUUCUCUCGUGCUUUACCAGUGUAUCCUUGUUCGUUACGCGACAGCAAGCGUAAGGAAAGCGUCAAAGCGCGCUGCCAACAAACUAAAAGAGAAAACAACAACAAAAAAAUACAGAGAAAAUAAAACACAGCCGAAUACCUUAAAACGGUUCACCGUUCCAACCGACCACCAGUCAGUGUCGGGAUUGCAAACAAAUCGGAAGCGAGCGGUAACACGGAAGCGAUACGCACACGCCACACACAAGAAGCAAAUCGAUCCGCUCGAUUUGAAGCCCUCUCUCUACGGGUAUUGUUCCACGUACAGAAAGUUCAGCUGUACACGCAGAUCAAUCAAAUUAACUUACCGCAACUGUCUCUGUCCGGAGCGUGUAACGUACAAUGGUGUUUGAUCAGUGAGGUGCGAAGAGGAGAAAGAAGAGCAAAAAAACCCAAGUUCAGUGUCCAGUUAGUAGCCAACAAGCAAAACUUAGCACCGGUGACAUAGUGUUUUACGCCAUCAUACGGCGGUACGCAGGUCAGGUUACGCCAGGCGUGUACGGCAGAUGUAGAUGUACGCAUACAUCUGCUGCAAGGUGUAUAACUGGAGCAGUCGUGUCGAACAACGCCAACGCCGGCUUCCACAUCGGUUAGAUGCACCACGUCACCGGGCACGGUGCUAAAUCGUAAUUUAGUCGGUGGUGGUUGACAAAAAACCCCGCGCAACCCGAAGUGUAAGGACGGGACGUACCGAAAGAGCAAACGACCAUUGUCUACUCACACAGACACAUCCAUACUCAAUACAGUGACGCAUAUUAGCCCCCAGCCAAAAUGUACGGAUUCGUGAACUACGCGCUUGAGCUACUAGUUUUAAAAAACUUCGGUCUAAAUAUAUGGGAACAAAUAAAGAAAAAGGCACAGGUAAAUAUGGAAGGCCAAUUUUUAGUGCGACAGAUCUAUGAAGAUGACAUAACGUACAAUCUGAUAGAAGCCGCUGUGGAUAUACUCAACAUCCCUGCCGGCGACAUUCUGGAGCUGUUCGGCAAAACGUUCUUCGAGUUUUGUCAAGAUUCGGGCUACGACAAGAUACUGCAGGUGCUCGGUGCAACGCCGCGCGAUUUCCUGCAGAAUCUGGACGCGCUGCACGAUCAUCUCGGCACACUGUACCCAGGCAUGCGGGCACCAUCGUUCCGCUGUACCGAGACGAACGGUCAGCUGGUGCUGCACUACUACUCCGAACGUCCGGGGCUAGAACACAUCGUGAUCGGGAUCGUAAAAGCCGUCGCAUCCAAAUUGCACGGUGUGGAUGUGGAGAUAAAAAUCAUACGCCGCAAAGGUGACCCGAUCGAGGUUGAACCGAGCAAACCGGCAACGGUGGAAGCACCGAAACAGAGACAUUCGAUCCCGGUCACGGCACCGGUUAAACCAGUUCCUAUAACGUCCCUUGAUCCGGCCGUGCCGGAACUAGCCAACCUGGGACUGUGCAAGCGAAUUCUAGCCUCCAAAACGUACGGUGAAUCUUAUUUUUCGAAUAGACUUAAUAAUCUAGCCACCUCCAAGAGCAACUCCGCGCUCAAGCAACCUACCGAAACGGCGUCCAGUCAUGGCAAUAAACUUAGCAUAAGCAGUAGUCAAAAUGGAAGCAAUAGUAUACCGCUCUGCGGUGCGGUUAGCAAAGCUAGUAAAGACACCAAUACCAAUUGUGAUAGCAGCCAAACGCACGGUGACGGGGAGUGGAAGAAAGCGAACAACGGCCCGAACGCGACCGUCGAGCGGUCGGACCAUUUUCAAUUUCUAAUAACGGAGAUAUCCGGCCCGAAGACGCCGACACGCCGUUCGGAUGAGAAGGAUCAGCAAGCGGUAUGCCAGCUGGUGGCAAAAGAACCAAUGAUAUCACCGAUGACGUUCUGCAAAAUCUUUCCAUUUCACCUGAUGUUCAACCGAAACAUGCACAUCGUACAGGCAGGACGAUCGGUUUCAAGAGUUAUUCCCAGAAUCUACGAGAAGAACUGUCCUCUGCUAGCACUGUUCGAAGCAGUACGGCCCCAUCUGCAGCUGAGCUUUGAAAACAUUCUGGCCCAUAUUAACACUAUCUACGUUCUAAAGACGAAGGCGGGUGUUAUGUCCAAAAGCGAGAGAUAUCUAAGACUGAAGGGACAAAUGAUGUACAUUCCGGGAUCUGAUCUGAUACUGUUCCAAUGUUACCCAAGCGUAAUGAAUCUCGACGACUUAACCAAGAAGGGGCUACACAUCUCCGACAUCCCGCUACACGAUGCCUCGCGCGAUCUGGUGCUGCUGAGUGAAAAGUUUGAAGCCGAGUACAAGCUCACCACCAACCUGGAAAUACUGACCGAUCGGCUGCAGCAAACGUAUCGCGAUCUCGAGAGCGAAAAGCAGAAGACGGAUCGGUUGCUCUACUCCGUCCUGCCGAAGACGGUAGCGAACGAGCUGCGACAUCAGCGGCCAGUCGCACCGAAACGGUACGACUCGGUGACGCUUAUGUUCUCUGGUAUUGUCGGCUUCGGUCAGUACUGUGCAGCGAACACGGAUGCCGAGGGUGCGAUGAAGAUUGUCAAGAUGCUGAACGAGCUGUACACGAUCUUUGACGAGCUGACCGACUCGAAGAGCAACUCGAACAUCUACAAGGUGGAAACGGUCGGUGACAAGUAUAUGGCCGUAUCUGGGUUGCCGGAUGAGUGCGAGAACCAUGCCAAGUGUAUUGCACGGCUUGCACUAGACAUGCUAGAUAUGGCGAAGAACGUAAUGAUGGGAACGGAAGCGAUGAAAAUCACCAUCGGUAUCCAUUCCGGGGAGGUCGUGACAGGUGUCAUCGGUAACCGGAUGCCGCGUUACUGUCUGUUUGGUAACACCGUCAACCUAACCAGUCGAACGGAGACGACGGGCGUCCCCGGACACAUCAACAUCAGCGAAACCACGUACAAGCUGCUUUGCGAUCCCGUCAAUCACGAUCCAUCGUUUAAUCUGGAGUACCGUGGCCCUGUUGUAAUGAAGGGAAAACCGGAACCGAUGGACUGCUGGUUCUUAACACGCAAAGGGAUACCGGCGGCAAAAUAAUUUCCUCGAAACCUUCGAAACGAUGCACCAACUUCGCUUUCCAAAACAAUACAAAAAAAAAUAAAAUGUGCUGGAACCAAAACCAAAUAUGAUGUAAAAGAUCGCCGAUAGCGAAACCUGAUAGCUUUUUACUUCUCAGCGGUGUGUUUAUAGAUGUUUGAUGAACCAAUGCCCGUCUCACGGGGCUACCCGUUUGUUGUAAUGAUUGUGACAAAAUCGUGUAAAGGCAAAAAAAAACAGAACACACACACACAAGUCUAAAACCAGGCAGUGGAAUCCAGUUCCGUAUGCUUUAGUGUAUGCUGUAGUGUAGGAUGUAUGUUUUGUACCUUCUGCCAAAAAAGCAAUCUUAGAGUUUUGUCAAACCCCACUAUGGACACAGUUGCGGACAGUGCGGCAGAAAAUAAAUGAAAAGAAAAAACAGGCGCGAACUUUCUAUCGAAAAUACGAAACAUUCAUUCACCUUGACCAGUUACCAGUUAUGUUUGCUCUCUGUCUAGCUUUCUAUCGCUCUUUUCUGCCUAAGGAAGAGUUAAAGAAGGAAGGAAUAAUGUGAACACUUUUUCGCUCUAAACGAAAAGUCUAGUAUCUAAAUUUAUAUUUUAUCGUUUUUUAUUGUGUUCUUUUCUUCUCCUCUUAAACAGCCACGGUGCGUACUUUUGUAGCCUUUUUAGAUAGCUGUACAAUGAGAGUAUUUAUGAAACGGUAUAGUUUUGACGUUGACAGUGUAGCGUGUAGGUACAAUUGUAGUCUUCUAAAGAUUUAGUAGAUUGACACAGCAACAUUUAGCUAAUAGAAUUUUUGGGCCAAUCGUGAUAGAUGUACAACUAGUGGAAUGCAACAUCGGUGCCAACCCGAAACAAAAACCAGCAAAAAAGUUAAAAUACGCGCGUAACACAAAAAAUAAACAAACACACACACACACACAAACAAUUUAUCUAAUUGCAAACCUAACAAAAAAAUAAUAACCCCAUUACACAAGCGAAUCUGAUGUCUAGUAAAUACAUUUCAUUAAAGUCAUACCACCAUUGGCAUUCAUCCCCUUAAUCCAUCGCAGUCACAGUACACACACAUACACACUCUCACCUGCAUACAAACAUAAAAAAAACUGGGGACAUACGCUAUAGCAAUCGAAAAUGGGAAGAUGCGAAACGGUACGCUACAGCGAAAUAACGAAUCAUGCUUCAUUGUGAAUGAUUCCUAAACGUAAAAGCAAAUGAUGUUAUGACCAGAGCAAAACAAAUAAAGUCUAAAUAACCCCUCUCUACAUUCUUUCGUGGUGUAGCACUGA